AUGGAUAAAAAUUUGUGUAGUAACUUCCUUUUAGUAACGACGAAUUUUCCCGAUCAAUUGGACAAUACCGGAAAGUAUUAUUUUAAAGAUGCUGCUAAUUUCAAAGAGUAUUGUACUGAUGAUAGUUGUGAUGGUGAUCUCGAUAAAAUUAAUGCUGGAUGUUUAUAUUUUUUUAAUGCCUUUUUUGGGAGUUCUGAGUUAUUUCAAUCUGUUGCAAAUAGUAACAUCAAUAUUGUUGAAUACAUUAUGAUAUGGUUAAGUUAUAUGUUAAACCUAAAGGAUAAUGAGCCAAGCUUCACCAAUCUAGAACAUUUUUAUAAAACAUAUAUAGAUGGUAGUGAUAAGUAUAAAAAGUCUAUAACUAAUGUUAAGAAGUAUAGAAAUUAUAAAGAUCUUAUUGAUAGAAAAGAAUAUUAUUUGAAAAUGGAUAAUAAUAUUGCAUCUAAAUUAUAUAAUUCAUUUAAAUUAUUAUGUGAAAUGUAUACUGCAUUUAAUGAAAACACGUCAAAUUGCACAAACUGUUCGGAAAAAGCUAAUCAAUUUGUUAAAAAUUAUGAAGAACUUAUCAAAGAUCCCAAUAUUAAUAUAAAUAGUUCAUACAGUAAAGUAUUGUGUACUUUAUUAGCUGAUUAUUAUAAUUUUAAAAAUAAAUGUAACGGUACUUCAUCCCUUCCAACGAUAGAUAAAACAAAAAUUAAUGUACAAUGUUCUGAACAAAUUUCUGAAGUUGCAUCAUCAAGUUCGUCGAUAACAAACAAAUUAUUUAUAGUUUUAUCCAUAUUUGGUGUAAUAGCAUUUUUUUUAGGAAUUUCUUAUAAGUAUUCGUUAUUUGGAUUUCGGAAACGAGCUCAAAAACAAUAUUUAAGAGAAAAAAUAAAAAAUAUAAAGAAGAAAAUGGCUCAUUAA